AUGAGGCCAUCGGGGCGGGGCCGGCGAACGAACACCGGCAUCGCUCGAAGGCGAAGGAAGAACGACCGCGACGACGCCGGGAAGUGGUGUUGCCGGCGGCAAAAAGAAGGGAUUAUUCGCUGGGGACGAAACGAGGAUUCGCCAGGAACGAAAUCGACAAGUCACGGGCGUGAGCAAUUGUGUCGACCUCACGAGCGAUGUCAACCGGAAAAGUCCAAAACGAAAAAGGUAUCGAUAAAAGAAGGAUGA